CUCAACGGGAGCUUCCGUGAGCGCUGUCUCGCGAAAGCGCACAUCGCAUGUCGGAUGGCCUUCGCUAUGCGUUGGACUGCCGUUGGCUUGGGACUCACCGCGGCAUCUGCGGCCUUGACCUUCGCGGACCUCGACGCGCUGCCGAAGUCCGAGUCCCUGGCCGACGGCUUCAAGGUGUCCUUAGUCCGGCCGGAGGACGAGCCCACCAACUCGGGCACGAAGACCAUCGUGCCGCAGUCCAGUUUGGAGCUGCUGAGCGAAGAGGAGCGCAAGACCUUGGAGGACUAUGACGCGAUCUUCGAGAAGUACUCCAUGUUCUGCAACGGUAGGUGGCUGGGAGUGCAGGUUCUGCAAGACUCCCAGGACCUGAUGUACCUGCAGCACAUUGUGUACAUGAAGAAGCCGGACGUGAUCAUCGAAACUGGCACCUACAAGGGUGGUCUCACCUACUUCUUUGCCACGAUCCUGGAUUGGAUCGAGCGGGAGGAGGGCAAGAGCGGGCAAGUGAUCUCUGUGGAUCGUCAUCCUCCACAGCUGGUCUUCGCCGCGAACUGGUUCUGCCCCCCCUGCGGGGACUGUGUGCGCGCCUUCGACACGCCGGUGUGGCAGCGCAAGGUUCGCUUCAUCCAGGGCUUGGCGGAUGAGCAGGACACCUUUCAAGAGGUCGCCGCGAACCUUGUGGAGCUGGGCAGCCUGCUACCUCCGGACCAGGAGCAUCAGGAGGGCGUCUUCGGUGUGAAUCAGAGUCAGACCGUCGUGGUGAACCUGGACGCGAAUCACGAGUUCAACGGCCUGCUGAAGGAGCUCAUCUACUACGCUCCCUUCGUGUCCCAGAACUCCUACUUGAUUGUCCAAGACGCCAAGCUGGACAAGAUCUGGGGCACCCCGGGUCCCACCGCGGCCUUGAACGCCUUUCUGCGCCUGGCGCCGGAGGGCGAGUUUGUGGUGGAAGACGAGCUGAAGUUCCACGGGUACUCCCAGCACAUCUACCUGCGCCGUCAGCGAGUCACGGUGUCGCACUCCCACUUCAUGGAUGCAGCGAUGCAGAUGUCGCGAUGAA